UCAGCGUUCGCUUGUAGAAAUGUGAUAAGCGGGAACAGCGACGAUGCAGCUCUAAACUUGGUAGCUUUCGGUCUACGGAAUCUCUUUUAGAACAAUGUUUCGGGACUGGCGCAAGUCCAGGCACAAGCGAUGGCAGCAGCUGCAGCAGAAGCAACGGGAGCCUUUGCUCCUCAGCGAAAGGGAGACUAUGAUUGUGUUUGUCUACGACACAGAGUGUCUUCAGGAAGAAGCGGAUGAUCCCAUAGCAGCGGUGCUAUAUUUCCAUCCCAGUUGGGUUUCGGAUACCCAAAAGGUGGCUCUCUGCGGACAGUUGAUGGGCACUUCGUACUUCCUCAAGGAUUGCUUCUUCAAGCCGCGUAUCCUGGCCUUGCAGAAUGGCAAGUUUGUGCUCAAGGAGUUUGGACGUUUUACCUUGGCUGUUGGCACUGAUCGUAACAUAGGCGAUGAACUCCUAGAACACCGCGCCGAGCUGCUGAGUUCCCUGCUCAAGUUUUUCCAUCGCGAUUUGCAAACUCUAUACGAUCAGUAUGCUCUGCCACCUGCAUUGAAUAGUCGAAAUCUCAGCGAGAAGCUCUACCACAUCUUUGAGACAUAUCUGCCAAUGCUGCAAAGGAAUGGCAACACAUUCCAAAAUGUGCCCAGGUUGCGCAUGCCAAAGACCGCCAGUCACAUCUUCCUGGAGGCCAUACAAACGCUGCAGAGUUGCCAGCAGACUAAGGGGAUCCUAGGUGGGGCCAUACUCUACCACAACAAAGUGGUGGCCUCUCAGCUAAGCGACAUGGUGACCAAGCAACUGGUCCUCACCGAUCCGCGACACAUUCGCACAGCCGCCGAGCAGGUGUCCAUCCAGCAGCAGUUUCACAUUCCCAAUGGCGUCCAGAUGCUGGUGGUUUACAUGGAGCAGAAGCAGUACCGUGAGCUGGCUGGAGAGGCCCAGCGUGCCCAGAAUCUGCAGCUGAUGAGCACAGCUCAGCUGCCGCACAGUGGAAUGCCUUUCCAAUAUGCUAAGCGGAAAAUCAAGCGGGACAAGUCGCUGAUCUUCACCCACAUACCCGAGGAGGAGCAGGCGCCAGAACAAGAGCAGCAGCAGUCGCAGCAACCGACUACCGUGGAGAUGCCCCCAGCUAGACCCAAGGCCAUGAGACCCACACACCUUCCACUGCGCCUCAAGAGCAUGCACAGCAAGGACUUGCCCGAGUCCGGAAUCGCAUCCAUCAACUUUGACGAGACAGACUCCUAUCCGGAGUUCAUUGGACGCACCAGCGUGUGCAACACCCCAAUGACCGAGAACAAAGUUCUGCCCGUGGGCAGUGUAAUGUCCAUUUGCGCCAAUCCCGAUGAUCCCGAGGGCAAGGCCGAGGAUGUCCACAACUCCAAUGGCAAGUCACAGUCGCGGCGCAAUUCCCUGAAGCUUGAUGUGGAGAAGUUCUUCCAGAACUUCAUCAGCAAUCCUAGCAAGCAGAUGACUCGCCGCAAGUCGUCUGCGGAUCUGCAGGAUGCCCUGCGUGCCAUUUCCAAGAAACUCAACCACAUCACGGGCUUUAAGACGGAUGUUAAUCGAAAUGGAAGUGGUAAUAGUGAUGACUCCUCGUCAGGCUCGCCGGAUUUCAUAGAGAACGACGAGAAGAUCACUUCGCGAACCAUCAGCGAUCCCACCUAUCCGGUUUUCAAUACUAACGGCCAGCAGAUCUCUCGCAGUCUGUUCCAGCAGUUCCUCGAUCAGUACCGCCGGCUGUGGGGGGCAGCCAGCGAGCAGGCUCAUCAGGAUGCUGAGCUGGCAGCUUUGGUGGCGGAGUUCAAGGAGUUUAAUGCUGAAAUCCAGAAGUUGGACGAGCACAUGAGACAACAGGCUGCAGAGGCGGAGGCAGCUUCGGCUGAUAGGAAUCUCAACAACUCUGCAAAGGCCAAGACUCCCUUGGAUAAGCGUUCUAUGACCUUGCCUUUAAAGUCAGCGGGUGAAGCUACAUUUGGAGAGCGCUCCUCCAGUCGCAGUGUGGCAGGAGGUGUACCCUUGACUCCCCUAAUGGCCAAGCUGUCUGUUCUGGCUCUCAGUGAAACCACACCGAUUGAAAUACAAACGCCGCUGACCAGCAGCAAGGUCUUUCCACGUCGCAGUUCCUUGAAAUGCGAGGAUGCAGUGGAUGCCUUGGCUGUUAUGUCCAGUGCUCCUGCUCUGCCGCCAGCUUCUGGACAAACUGAUGGCCUGCAGCGCACGGAACUGUAUAUAUGCGGACAGCAGAACAUGACCCUGCUCUUGCUCAUGGAGGAGGGCACCUGUCAUCAGCAGAAGGUGGUGCAGAAGAUGUUUGACAUUUGCGUGGCCAAGUUUCCGCACAUGGAAUCUCAACUGAAUCAGACUCUGAAUGUGAAUGUGGAGGGCGACAAGCGGGAUGGCAGCAACUAUAGCUUCAUGUGCGUGGAUGCCAAAUGGGAUGUGCUCCAAAGGAAUGGUCCCUGGAAUCCCCUAGAGCUUAAUAUACUGGAGAGCAUGCACUCGAUACAUUCCAGUGGUCACCAUCAUCUCACAGACUUGAUACUGAGAUCCCAUGACUCUGUUUACUAUGGCCACAAGAGCGGAAGGACCGAGUUCUUCUACAAGGAGCCCACCCAUCAGAUCAAUGGGAUACCACCGCCCUCGGAUCCCAUUGGUAACAUACAGAUGCGCGCCAAGUCGCGGCUGGAACGCGAUCAUUCCUACAUGCUGUUCUAGGACGUAGCCUAGAUCGUCGUAAUAAUUAUAAACAUAUUGAAUACUCGCAUGCUUAGCCAAAAAAAGAAGAAAACCAAAAACGUUAACGGGAAGCGCCGUAAAAAAGCCAACUUAAUGCCAUCCGCUGCUGUUGUUUACUUUGCGAUCUCCCCCCGCGCGAGUUGUUUCCGGUUUGGAAAAUGUUUCCAUAUCAUAUACAUAAUAUACAAGGGAACUCGAUUUUAAAAGCAUAUUUAUACUCUUACUUUGACGAAUUUUAUAUGCAAAUUUACAAAGAGAAACGCGGCAGUUGUUGAACUUUUCCCAAGCCCCCACUCGCGUGGGAUUCCCCUUAGCCUUGUUUUAUCAUUUCACUUGAUCGAUGUAAAGUACAAAACUGUUUUUAUGCUUCGUUUACAAUGUCCAGCACUGUUGUUGUUUAAUUUAUAAGCUUGUAAUCUGUACACUUAUUUUAGUUACUAUAUCUUACACUUUUAAUUGUAAAUACGAUGCAAGAAUUAGAUUCGUUUAGGUGGAAUAAUUAUUUGUAGCACUCGUUCCGUUCUUAGUCGCUCUAUUAUCAUUAUCUUAAUUAUAUUUUUAUGGUAUUCUUAAGCGCUUUGUGCCAAUUUAAAUGCAAAAAACCGUCGAAUGUGAAAGGAACUUGAGAGGAGACAUGAUUUUAAACUAUGAAACUGUUUUAGCAGCACUGUAAAUUCUGUGCAAAAUGCUAUAUACAUAGAAGACAAACAACUAUUUUGAGAGUUUUUGCGUUGACUUAGCUUAAAUAUACAUAAUACAUAAAUACCUAUAUAUACAUAAAUAUUCAUAUAUGAUACAAAGAUCGGUAUUGUUUUGUAGAUUUAUGAAAAAUAAACCGUCGCGUUGUCGUCUGUGUUUGAGAAAUA